AGCCGCUCGGGCUGCCCUUAGCACUGCCUCUCCCAAAGGUCGUUGUAUUCAGGCGUUCGCUGGCGACAGCCCUAAACGGAGCGGCUGAGGGGGCCUGAACGGGGCUUCGCAGCAGGCACAGUCGGCGUGCGUCCCGGCGGGCACCGGCGCAGUGAGUGCGAGCGGCGGUAGGUCGGCAUGGAUGACGAGGAGGAGACCUACCGGCUGUGGAAGAUUCGCAAGACCAUUAUGCAGCUGUGCCAUGACCGAGGCUACCUGGUGACUCAGGAUGAGCUGGACCAGACACUAGAGGAGUUCAAGGCCCAGUUUGGGGACAAGCCAAGUGAAGGGCGGCCACGGCGCACGGACCUCACAGUGCUGGUGGCCCACAAUGAUGACCCCACUGACCAGAUGUUUGUCUUUUUCCCAGAGGAGCCCAAGGUGGGGAUCAAAACCAUCAAGGUGUACUGCCAACGCAUGCAGGAGGAAAACAUCACCCGAGCCCUCAUCGUGGUGCAGCAGGGCAUGACACCCUCUGCCAAGCAGUCCCUAGUUGACAUGGCCCCCAAGUACAUCCUGGAACAGUUUCUGCAGCAGGAGCUGCUCAUCAACAUCACGGAGCACGAGCUGGUCCCAGAGCAUGUCGUCAUGACCAAGGAGGAGGUGACGGAGCUGCUGGCCAGAUAUAAACUCCGAGAAAACCAGCUGCCCAGGAUCCAGGCUGGAGACCCCGUGGCACGCUACUUUGGGAUAAAGAGAGGGCAGGUAGUGAAGAUCAUCCGGCCCAGUGAAACCGCAGGCAGAUACAUCACCUACCGGCUGGUACAGUAGCCAUCCUACCACCUAGCAGCCCCGGGAAACAGACAAAUGGACUGUAACCACCUUACCCAGGCGGUCUGUCCUGCUGUGAUCUGCUCAAUCCUGGAAACCUACCUGCUGCUCCUCUGGAACCCAAGGCAGGCUGUGUGCUUGCCUUCCCGGGCUGAGGGCCCUUGUGGCCUCACAUGGACACUGAGCCCCACCUGGGAUCCUGUGUAAAUGGUUCCUCAAGAGGACAGGAUGCUGAGGGGAGGCCAGUGAGCCAGCCAGCAACCAAGAUGGUCCUACGUUCUUGCCUGUCCCCCAGGCACUCCAAGCUGGCUCCCCACAAGUGGGUCCUGGGUCCGAGUCUCCGGGUAAGCCCCACUUCCAGCUUCCCUUCUCUGUGCUCCUCUCACAGUGGCCCUGUCCCUGACCCAUUGAGGACUCUUGAGGACAGCAGGCAGGGAGAUUAAAACACCUCUGGAUUUGGGUUGAUAUUGAAGCUGGGUGUUUUUAAAUUAAAGGUAUUUUGAGUAAACA